AUGCAGGGCGCCGAGGUUUCGAAGCAGGUGCAGCAGAUGGUGGAGUUUAUCCGUCAAGAGGCCGAGGAGAAGGCUAAUGAAAUCGCUGUUGCUGCUGAAGAGGAGUUCAACAUUGAAAAGCUGCAGCUCGUAGAGGCGGAGAAGAGAAAGAUCCGUCAAGAAUAUGAGCGCAAGGAGAAGCAGGUCGAGAUCGCGAAGAAAAUCGAUUAUUCCAAGCAGCUGAAUGCCUCGCGACUGAAAGUGCUGCAAGCUCAGGACUCCAUUGUCAAAGAGAUGAAGGCUGCAGCAGAGAAAGAGCUACUGAAGGUCUCUAGUGACACGAAGAAAUACACUGAACUGUUGAAGGAUGUGAUUGCUCAGGGACUUGUGCGCCUGAACGAGUCCGCCGUACAGCUUAGAUGCCGUGAAGCUGAUGUUGCUGCUGUGAAAGCUGCUCUGCCCGGCGCUAUCCAGGAGUAUGUAACAGUUACCAAGCAAACAGCGCCAACAGUGGAUGUGGAUACUGUCAAGUUUCUUCCUGCUGCUCCCCACUGUGCUGGAGGUGUUGUGAUGGCUUCUAAGGAUGGCCGGGUGGUCUGCUCCAACACACUCGAUGCUCGUCUUGAGAUUGCAUUCAAGCAAAACCUUCCUGCCAUCCGUGCAUCCAUGUUCAAGACAAGUGUGGUCUCCUAA